UAAAAAAUGUAUUGAAAUAUUUUUCAGGCAGAGAAUAUUGAAGGACUCUGGGAUAACUAAAAUUGAAGAAUACAUGUAUCAAGAACAUGUAAUGUUACGUAGGGCUGCUACUCAGUGCCUUGUUAAUCUUAUGUUGUCUGAAGAAGUUGUGAAACUGUAUGAACUCCCAAAUAAUGACAGAGUUAAAUUCUUAGUUCUAAUCUCGGAUGAUGAUGAUUUAGACACUGCUAAAGCUGCGUCUGGUACUCUAGCUAUGCUUACGGAAGUCAGUAAAAAAGCGUGCAAGAAAUUUUUUGAUACAAAAGCAUGGCUAGAAAUAUUAUGUAAGCUGACAGCAAGUGCAGAUAAAGAACUGUGCCACAGAGGUGUUGCUAUUGUUCACAGCCUCAUUCAUGCUAGUAAAAGUUGUGCUGAAAAAAUAAUAGAAACCAAUUUAUUGGAAAUUUUAAUGGCUCUCACAAGACCAGAGGUAGAUGACGUACCUCCAAAAGUUAAAGAUCUAGCUACAUCAGCCUUGAAAAAAGCAGAAGAGUGGAAAUUAAUCAAGACAAAUACUGGUGAACCUGAAGAUUCUGACUAAUAAUUAAAUCAAAUGAUGACCAUAUGAGAUUUUUAAGUGUGUGUACUUUUGUUAUAGAUUAAAGUGCAUUUGUACUGAAUAAGAUGACAAAUACUGGUCACUCUCAGAAUUUUAAACGCAUUAGUAUUCGAGAAUCAGAAAAUUUGUUAUAAAGAUUUUGAGUUUCUUUAUUAUUUUAUAUGCAUUAAAAAGUGUAUUUUUAUUGGAUAAUGAUGUUAGUAUUUUCAAAAGUAUUUAUGACAUAAAUCAGAUUUUCAUUUAACUUAAGUCAAUUUUGCAAAGCAUUAUGUACCAUUUAUUGUUGAAAAGUAUUUAAUAAAAUCAAAAAAUGAUUCAUCA